AUGGGUUCUUCCUCGAGCAACGCCAGGGAAGCGGCGGCGGCGGCGCCACCGCCACCACCUCCUCCUCCUGCUGUGCCGCCGGCCCCUCUCCACGCGAUGGACGCGGACGAGGACGACGAGAGCGUGAAGCAGCUCAACGAGUGCGCCGCCCUCUACCUCUCCCUCCAGGACUGCCUCGCCGAGUCCGACCGCAACUGGAAGGCCUGCCAAGCACGUAAGCACCGCCGCAGAUUUUCCCCCCUCGUCUUUUCUUCCUCGUAG